AUGGCUCUGGGACAGUGGGAGUGGAUGACAGUGUGUCUGUGUAUGUAUUGAGUAUGAGUAAGCUCUGUGGAUGCUUUUACUGCGUGUUUACAGUCCUUGUCCUUGCAUGUAUGAGGCUGGGGGCCAUGUCUGUCUGUUUUGGGACCAUGCAGACUGUGUGUGUGUGUGUGUGUGUGUGUGUGUGUGUGUGUGUGUGUGUGUGUGUGUGUGUGUGUGUGCGUGCAUGUGUGUGGAGCGGCAGCUGAGGGCUGGUGUGGAUAUGGCAGCAGUGGCGGUGGUUGGCGGUGUGUUUUCUGGCUGUGUUGUCAGAUUGCUGUGUGUCAGCAGAGAGCCAGGGGAACGCUUGGCUGCCUAUUCAGGCCGGUGUGGACCCUGCUGUGCCCAGCUACCAUGGGCUGUCGGCGGGUGCUGGAGGGCACAGUGCUGGGGGGUAGGAGGAAGCACGGGGAGAGGGGUUUUGGUCCAGGCUCACUGAGUGUGGGUGUCAUCCAUGCAGAGGUGUAUGGCAGGUCCCUCUGGCAAACGCUGGCCCUUGCCACCGUCACCACUAAUCCCCACACCCCACACUCCGUCCCCUCCCCCUCUGCCUUCCUCUCUCCCCCACUGUCGCUCUGCUUAGUCUCCAGAGUCCUUGGGUGAUUUGUGGGGAGGAGGAGGGAGAGAGAUGCGGGAGCUUGGCUGUGUGACCUUUUACCAAAUCCCUCCGCUUUUCCAUUCCAGUGGUCGUGGCCCAGACAGGCUGGGGGUCAGGGCUGCCUCACUACCUCCCUGCCUUUCCAGCCCUAGCCUGUCCACCCUGCCUCCUUCCCUUCACUCUGUCCUGCCCUGGCCUUGUUUCUCUGGCUGUGUGUUGUAAACACUGUGUCAUAGUUGCUCCAGGGAAGCAAAGGGAGGGAGAAAUAUAUACAGAGAGAGUGAGAGAAACCAAAAAGUAUUUAGGAAGAGAUAAAAGGAGAGUGUGACACAGAGACUGUUUUGAGGUCAGAGUAUUUUUUAGCGUCUUCUCUCUCUUUCUGUUCUGUCACUUUGUUGAGUAGAGAGGUGUUCAGAACAGAGUAGUGGUGGUGUGAUGUUCAGGCCCUGUGCCUAGAGCAGAGUGUGUAUCAUAGUCUCUCCCGUCUCUGACGCCUGUACCUCAGCAUGUCUGAGCUAUUUAGAGCCUGUCUGUCUCUGCGGCUACGCUCCCACUAAAAGACAAACGUCUUUGUCGUUGCAGUAGUAACAACCUGGGGCUGAGGAACACAGCAGAACGGUGUUUUGAGUGCUAAGGACAGAUGGGAAUAGCCUGAUUUGAUUUUUACAGCAGGUAUCCACCAUGUUCACACACUCUUUUUAUUAGAAUGCUCAGAGCGUGCUUGGAGGCAGACCCCAAACGCAUGAUGCAAUGCUGUAGUCACCAAUGGGGCUUACUGAAACCAGCGAUAGUAAGAGUCUGACAACCGCCGCUCUCUUUUCCUUUUUCUUCAUCUUCAUCUCCACCUCUAACUCCUCUCCCCUCUCUCCUUCCUGCCCCUCCUACUCUCUCAGAAUGCUGUGGGUCUAUAUCAUGGCAGAUGACGUGUGACGCCGUGCUUUUGCGUAUAAUUUAGCCUAGCACUUUCUGUCCUCGUCAAUCUUCCUCUCGCAAAUGUUUUCUUACACGGCGCAAGCGAUUUGACUCGGAGGAUGGGUUAUACAUCUCAACCGUCAGCGUUCCCCAUGUCCCUCUAGAAUCGCACGGCUGAUUUUGAUACAACCUUCGAUAAAACUAUUUAUGGAUUUUCUGGAAGCUUGGUGCUUCCAUUUAAUAUGUGUUUGACACCUUGGUGACGUGGGGUCGAUACUGCAGCAGGGUCAUUAUACCAGUAAAUUGGGUCAUGCAGAGUUAAAGGUCAGCCUCCUCACAGCCCUCUGACCUCAUGACCAUAGGUUAGGGAGGAGCGUUCCCCAUUUGCACGGGUGACCGGGACUGAAUGUGUGUGUGUGUGUCUGUGUGUGUGUGUGUGUUUGUGUGGUCAUCACAGGCAAGAAGAAGGUGGGGGAUGGGUUUAGAGCAUUGUUCUUUUUCAGCCAGCAGGGUGGGAGAGGGAGAAGGAGAUGUGUUUUUGAGGUAAUUUUACUGCACAGAUUUUGAGUGGGAUGUGAGAAUUAUGAUCUAAUUUAUAUAAGGGAUUUUAUGAUUAAUUCUAGUGUUGACAUAUUAACCGAAUAUGUUUAUUUUGGUUGCUGAUGAUUAAUUAAUGUAUCCUUAAUGUAUCCUUAGUGCUGGCCCACUCACUAACCCUCUCCUCUCUCUGUGUUUGUUUCUCCUGUGCAGAUUCAGAGCUGUCUCAGAGUAAGGCUGGAGUAGGGGUCCCGGGGCCCGGAGGGGGCAAUGGGGGGAGCCACCUGCAGUGCCUGUCCGUCCACUGCACAGAUGAGCUGGGGGACAGUAAGGGCCGAGGGGGGCCCGUCUCCUCCUGGCGCUCCCUGCACUCGGACAUCUCCAACCGCUUUGGGACCUUUGUGGCAGCCCUGACCUGA